UAUUGGAAACUAUUUUUGUACUGCGCUCUAGCGUAACGAGUUAUUUAGCUAAUGAAAAACAAACAUUUGACCGUUAACGCUCGUGCGUGGUUUAAUUCAUUUACAAUUAAUAAUUAACAAUACCUAUAUUACUAUAUUAACGUUUUUAAAAACUAACGACACAAUGGAUUUGGAUAGAUCUGAAAUGAGUGCGGACGAGUAUUACGUGACGGCGCUUCAAAUAUUUCAUUAUUGUGGCGCCGAGAGCGCGAGCACGCUUCGUGUUGACAGUUUGAUGGACAAAUUCGCACCUUUCGUAAAAACUAACAAGGCUGAAUUUAGCUUUUUAAAAUCUUUACUAGAUCCUGAUGAUGAAAAUCCAGAAAUUGAUGUAUCAAUGUUAGCCAAAACCCUACAAAAGUACACUGAAAACCAGAAGUCUAAAGCUGACUUGGAUGAAAGUUUCAACCUGAAGAGCGGUGCUCCACAGGAUUCUGAUUCCGGCAUAUCUACAGAUGGAUCUCAGUUGCUGGAAGACCUGCAGUGUGAGCUCCGGGAGAAAGCUCACCUGGCCCACCAGCUGCGGUCUCAACUAGACUUCACGGACAGACAGCAUGAGGAAGCCCUUGCAGCGCUCACUGCUGAAAGGGAUGCGCUGAGGACACAUCUUAACAUGUUGCGCGAGGAAAACGCGUCGCUGUCGCAGGCUCGACGUGACUAUGAGGAAGCAAGCGAGCGGCUGUGUGGCAGCGAACGCGCGCUGGAGGAGACGCGCCGGGAACUGGACACCAUCAAACGACGCUCCAAGGCCAUGCUGGAACAAGUCAAUACAUUGGAGAAUGAGAAACUUACCCUACAAGAGCUACUAGCAAAAUCCAAAGCGGAUUGUCACCGUAUAAACGAGAUGUACGCGGCGCGACAGUCAGCGCUGCUGGAGCAGAACGAGACAUUGAAGUCUGAACAUGCUGACCUGGCUGCCAGGCUGCAGGACCAGGAUGAAUUCGUGCAACAAAUGAUUAAGGAGAAGGUCCUUCUCGAAAUGGAGCUGAAGGAUGUUCUGAACAAGUCGAAUCAGACACAACUACGUUUGGACCGCAGCAUCGACAUCAGUUACACAGAGGAACAAAUGUUAACCGCACUUGACAGUCUUAAUGCUGACACUAGGUUCUCAUCAGACACGGAGUCGGUGGCGACACAGGUGGACGUGCCUUGUAUUGAAUGUGAGAAACGAAACGCCGUUGUACCGCAUCGCAGUCUUAGAAAAUUCUUUUGGGAGCCACUCAAGUGCCUGUUCCAACUCUUCGCGGUGGUGUGCUUCAUCUGCGCUAUAUCAGUGCUAUACGGGGUGUCCCGUCGAAGCCCCACAGCCUGUCCCCGCGAGCCCCUGCCCUGGAGGUGGAUGGAUGCUCAAGACAUCAUGGACUUACUCCUCAGGAUAGAAUAUGUCGCUGAUGUACCUAUGUGAGCCUACAUAGCUGAUCUGGUACCGAUAUUUUGAGUUAUAUUAGGUUGUGUUUUU